AUGACAAUGAACCUUAGAAUUCAAGCAUUCUUCUACAUGUUUUUAUUGGUUAUACUACUAAACAUUGAUGGAAAUGAUUCAUUAUCUAAUGAAGGAAAUAUAACUGAGUCUUUGUCAGUUACUGAAGUAUCAGAAACCACCAUUCAAUCAAAUGAUUCAACAGAACCUGAUAAUACUGAUGCUACUGCUACUGUUACUGCUGCUAAUGCUACUGUUACUGCUGCUACUGCUACUGUUACUACUACUGCUGCCGGUGAUGAUGACGAUGAUGAUGCUGAUGAUGAUGAUGAUGAUGACGAUGUUGUGAAGCCUAAAACCCUUCAAAAACUGAUCAAACCAAAAAAGAUAUCUAAACUUGGUGAAUCCGAAGACACUAUACCACCAAAGUAUAGAUCUGCCAAGAAAUCUGAUUACAACAAGAUAAGAAACAAGAAAAAGUAA